CUGCAGACACUAUCAUCAGUAGCCUGAGCAGCUCUUCGAGUGGACCUGAGCUUUCUGAGUCUCCUUCUGCGAAGGCCAAGAUGAGGGCCAAUAGAAAAGAGGAGAGGUCUAUCCAAUCUUCUGUCCUUGCCCCUAUUGAGCCAUAUCUAGAUGGCCAAGAAAAGAAAACAACGGCUACUUCUAGCACCAAUCAAUCAAUAUCAGUGGCCAGCACUCUUCAGGGGGUGAAAAAUACCGAGACUUCUGGGCAACCAAAGAUUCGAAAAGAGGGCAGAAAAAGAAGGGUUGUUGACAGCGACGACGAAACGCCAAGAAAGCAACAAUUUGAUCCUAACGAAGUGCAUUGUAUGGGGACCACAUCGCAACCUGACUUAUCGGCCACGAUUACAGACGAGUUCAGCCUUGAUCCCAUCAUCACUUCCUCGUAUAUUGAAGAAGACUCAGAAUGUAUGCGCAGAAGCCAAUCUCCAAGAAGUGGACCAGGAGAUUUGACAAUUCAAACUGAAGAGGACACAACACUUGUCAGCAACAACAAUCUGAAGUCAGUUGAUCAAGACCAAUUGACCGGCACCCUUUCUUCAUUUCUCAAUAGAUUGCGACAGAUGGAGACCUUCGUCGUAAAGAGACAGCGUCACAUGCACCAAGAAUUGGAGGCAAGUGAACUGGAUAGGAAACAGCUUGUGUAUAUUAUCAGCCAAACCCAAGAAAUCUUGGGCGGUUUGAUGCCUGAUAAAGCACAAACUAAGGCGCAGCAGAAAAAUAUUUCGAAAUGCAUGCACCUCGGACCCUGACGUCCACAAUAUGGAGAAAGAAUACAAUGAUCGGAUUUUGCUAAGCCACACAUCGCUGGUAUAUAUUAAAUGCUAAACCUCCAUUGAGAACAAAAGAUGACGGAAUCGAAGAUAUAUGCGCCUCCGAGCGGUCCUCCGCCGUCAAACUCCAGUGAAGAUUAUGAAAAGCUUUUAAAGUUUUGCGUGGGAACCAUAAAUCGAUUGCAAGCACCGAAAGUGUUUGACGAGCAAUUGCGAAGGCUCGGGAAGAAACGUAAAGCUCUGUUUGGGGGAAACAAGAACGCCAAAAAGCUUGCAGAAGUAUUCGACAAGCAGGUGAUAACUUCAUGCUUGGAUGGGCUGCCAUUGUAUGCUAAUGACCAAGCUGUAAUUAGUCAAUUAGCUCAGUCCAGGUGUCUAACUCGAAUUAAAGAAGUGGCUGCUGAGUUUGGAAUACCAGACCAGGAGUAUGUUUUUUAUGAUCUAUGCCAGCUUUGUCUAUUCAAAAUCAUAUUCUACAUUGACAAUUCAACCUCAAUGAAGAAAGGCAACCGGUUACAACAACUACACGAUUUCCUGAAGCUGUUCAUGAGAAUCAACGUCAGUCCACAGCCAUUGAGGCUGAAAUUUAUGAACCACAACAAUGAGAUUCAUGCUUUUCUUAGGCAAAGGUUUAAUAUUGAUUGCGAGAGAAUUGAGACCGAAGAGCAACUGAACACCGUGAUGGCCAACAUCGCAAUAAAUGGUGCCACGCCACUUGCUACCAACCUGUACACGACGAUCCUUGAGCCCGAAGUACUAAACCGCAAACUUGGUCAGCCUCUUCUUGUUGUAACUUUCACGGACGGCUCGCCGAAUGGAGAUAAAUACACACUGGGAAGAGUUAUCAGGAUGGCUCAGAAAAGGCUUUCAGAGAACAACUUGCCGCAAAAGGCUAUUUGCUACCAGUUUGCACAAAUUGGAGAUGAUAGAGAAGCUGGCGAGUAUUUAGAUAGCUUGGAUAGCGAUGCCUCUAUUGGUGAUGUUAUCGAUUGCACGUCCCCGAUAGAAAUUGAGAUGAAGCAGAUUCGGCGCAAGAAUCCAGAGCUGUCAACGGAAGUCAAUUACGUGAAAAAACUGCUUCUUGGACCCAUAGACAUUGCUUACGAUUCCAUGGAUGAGAUCAAUAAUCGUGUAUACUGAUGUAAAGAUGUAUUAG